GGCACAUGCACCCAACGGGACUGCCAUUGACCAGGUUCAAGUUCAUGUUGGCUCAAGUUCGAUUGAAGCCUCGGCUGACAGGAUAUUCAGGUAGUCAACCUGCAACGUGCAACAGGCAACAGAAUCAGCGGCCUACACUACUGCGAACAACAUUCCACCACAUACCAUGGAGGGCAAGACUGUAGAAUGUGGAGUUUCUGACAAAACCCCACCGAUCGAUCUCGGUGCGGCAGACGGUCCGGGACAUGGAGCAGACGGGAGCCAUGUCAGCAACGGCAAUGCUGACGCCACAACCCCGCCGAGCCCGCCCAAGGCGAACCUCUUUGCAUGGCUGCAAGUCGUGGGUGCCUUUUGUCUGAACCUGAACACUUGGGGGUUAAUGAACGCAUUCGGCGUGUUCCAGACCUUCUACCAGCUGCACUUCCUGCAGUCCCAUAGCGCGUCCAGCAUCGCAUGGAUCGGCUCGACACAGGCCUUCCUGCUGUUCCUCGUGUCCAUUGCGGCCGGUCCUAUCUUCGAUAGGGGCUACCUCAAGUCGCUGCUGUGGACCGGCUCGGUAUUGCUCGUGCUCGGCAUGUUCCUCACCAGCAUUGCUUCCGAGUAUUGGCAGGUCUUCCUCGCCCAGGCCGUCAUGACGGGUCUCGGAUUUGGCUGCGUGUACUUGCCCGCUCCUGCUGUCGUCUCCCAAUACUUUCAUCGCAAUAUGGCGCUGGCAAACGGGGUGGCCUCCACCGGGAGUGCUUUGGGUGGCAUCAUAUUCCCCAUCGUCCUCACCGAGAUGCAGUUGCGCAUCGGGUUUGGGUGGGCGGUCCGGGUAUUGGCCUUCUUCCUCUUAGUGACCUCAGUCGUCGCGGCAACGGCCAUGAAAUCGAGGACCCCGGCCCGGGCACCGCGCAACCUGAUUGACCGCUCCGCAUUCCAUGACGUCCCAUACAUCCUGCUCAAUCUGGGGCUCGUCUUUGGCUUCAUGGGCCUGUACGUCGUCUUCAACUACAUCCAACUGUUUGCGCUCGACGAAACGACCGUUUCGUCCUCGCAGGCAGACUACCUCCUGGUCACGAUCAACGCGAGCUCGCUGCCGGGGCGGCUGAUCCCCAGCUACUACGCCGACAGGGUGGGCUCCAUCAACGUGCAGACGGCCGUUGCGUUAGUAAGCGCCGUGCUCACCUUCUGCUUGCUAGCUGUCCGGACCGCCCCUGCUAUUAUUGUCGUUAGCGUGCUGUUUGGCUUCGCGGCUGGUGCUUUCAUGGGCCUGCCUGCGGCCGCUGUGGUCAACUUGAGCGCGGACAAGGCUAAGAUCGGCACGCGGCUGGGCAUGACGCUCGCAUUUGUAGGUAUGGGGGUGCUGAUAGGGAACCCAAUCGCGGGUACCAUCCUUGGCAGCGACGGGAACUGGGUUGGAUUGCUUGUGUGGGCUGGCGCACUGCUCAUGGCUUCCACCGUGAGCAUGGCAGCAAGCCGGAUCGCCAAGGUUGGCUUCGGCUUUGCGAGAGUGAUAUAA